AUGAACGGAGGCUCCGGAAAGUUUGGCAGAAGCGGCGGAGGCGGCCGAGGUGGAGGCGGUGGUCCCGGCAAGCGUAAUUCCCACUCCAAUUUCCACCCGCCGCCGCUCCACCGGCCCUCCGCCACUUCAGACGGCGGACGCCUCUCCAUGGGUGGCGCUGCCGGACCUCGUAACCGCACCACGACCUCUGGACCCACCACCUCCGCCCCUCCUACGUCCGAGGAGAACUUCAGUCUCGUCACUGACAAUCCUCUCAAUUUUGCUAUGAUUAUACGGCUCGCGCCGGACCUUGUGGAGGAGAUCAAGCAUGUUGAGGCUCAGGGAGGUACGGCGCGGAUCAAAUUUGAUGCCAAUGCCAAUAAUCCAUCGGGAAACGUUAUUGAUGUAGGUGGUAAGGACUUUAGAUUUACAUGGUCACGGGAAACAGGAGACCUCUGUGACAUAUACGAAGAACGUCAAAGUGGUGAAGAUGGAAAUGGUUUGCUUGUCGAAUCUGGGUGUCCCUGGCGAAAGCUGAAUGUACAUCGUAUCUUGGAUGAAUCUACUAAAAACCAUGUUAAAAUGCGUUCUGAGGAAGCUGAGCGCAAGCUCAAAUCACGCAAAGCCAUUGUUCUAGAACCCGGGAACCCCUCUAUGAAGAGUCAAAUGAAGGCCUUAGCUGCUGCUGAGGCCAAUCCAUGGAGAAUGCCUUUUAAACAAAAGAAAGAUCCUCCGUUCAAAAAGCAAAAAACUGAACCACCUCUGGUGGGAGGACCUCCCAAAUCUGUUUAUAAAAGUGGAUUGUCCUCAACAACUCCCUCAAAGGGCAGGCCCUCAGCUUCCCCCGUGCCGUGUCUACCAGAGCAGUCCGGUGCAAGUGCAUCCCCAUUCGGAAGUGGUAAUCUUACUAAGGGCCAUGCAAAUGUAGAAGAUGCCAUGCCCACUCAAGCCAUGACCAAGGAGCAUGCUACUAUCUCUGAGAAAGAAAUGUCCAGCAGGCUGGGUAGUGGUGUUGUAUGGGAUAAACCAAAAUGCAAGGGAAACGUAGGAGCUAAACCUAUGGAUUUGCAGAGUGUGCUAAUUUCUCUACUCACGGAGAAUCCCAAGGGUAUGAGCCUUAAGGCAUUAGAAAAAGCUAUUGGAGAUAUAAUUCCCAAUUCUGUAAGGCAGAUAGAGCCCAUCAUUAAAAAAAUUGCAACUUUCCAAGCUCCAGGAAGAUAUUUCUUAAAACCAGAAGUGGAGUUGGAAAGCUUCAAGAAACCUUUGUCUGAAAGUGGAAGUUCUCCUGAAGAUGCUCUUCACCAAUCACCUGCCCCAGAAGACAACUGUGAUCAACUACCUGCUUCCGAACCCAUCUUCUCCAUGAAAGACAAUACUAAGGAAUUGGAAGAACAGGCACAGUUGAAUUCCAAACCUGCAGAAGAAUCAAAUGCUGCCGAAAAAAUUGAUAUUUCACAUCAUUCACUUGAAGGCCCGGCUGGUAGUUCUAGUGAUAGUGGAAGCGACAGUGACAGUGAUAGUCACAGCAGUGCUAGUGGUAGUGACAGUGGAAGCCAUAGCAGAAGCAGAAGCAGAAGUAAAAGUAAAAGUAGAAGCCCAAUAGGAAGUUUGAGUGGAAGUAGCAGUGACAGUGAAAGUGAUGCCUCUUCCAACAGCAAGGAGGGGUCUGAUGAGGAUGUGGAUAUUAUGACAAGUGAUGAUGACAAAGAAUCGAAGCACAAAUUGCAAACAUCUGAACCUGGGUUAUCUACAUCACCAAUUCCUUGGAGAACUCCUGAUGGUGAGCCUGUUCAUAAUGGGAUUUAUGAAAAUCAUGAUGGGCAUGGUUCUGAUAUAGUUGAGAUUGAGAAAGAUUUGCCUGAUGAUGAGCAUGAAGCUGAAAUGGCUGUGGUUAUUAAUUCAGCUCCUAAUAAAGAAGGUGAAAAACCUUUGGAAGAGACCAAACCCUCCUCACCAGAUCGUCUUGAGUAUCAAAAGAAUCAAGUCCGGAGAGGAAAUUUUAAUAGAGAAAAGGAAACUAUGGCUAGGGCUGAUUUCAAGGAUGAACAGCCUGAGAGCUUUGAGAAAGUAUCCAAAGGUAAAUCCAAAAGAGUACCUAGUGGGAAGCAUUUUGAUAAUAAUAUGGAACGGGCAAAAAGAUCUAAAAACUUGGCUCAACCCCAAUUUUCUGGGGGCAGGAACCCCCUUCUCACAUUGAGUCCUCACAAUUUAUCUCACGAAAGUCCAGUUGAAGGACCUUACAAGGUCCCUACAACCCAUAUGAUGAUGAAUAUACCGGUCAGGGAUGGAACUGAUUUUGACUUACAUAAAGGUUACAACCAAGCAAUUCCUGGAAAAUCUGUUUCUGGUUCUCAGCAUUCAGGUCGAAGAUCUGUUGAUCUUAGUACACGGGCAGAUCCUCCUGCUGCUGCAGACAGGCCUGGUAAGCAUGCUGAGAGAUUGGGCCGCAGUACUAAGCACUCAGAAAGAAGCCUUGAAAUGCAUGAAGGUUUUCCCACCCAGAAAAAUGAAGUUAAUAGAGAAGCACAAGUUGAAGAUGGUCACAUUCAGAAAAAGCUACAAAGUGGUGUCAGAGAUAGGCACUUAACAUCUGCUGACUCCCAAUACAGGAAACAAGGUGAAUUGGUUGGGAACUUCAAAGAGGCUGGAUUAGUUUCAAACUCAAACACAAGAUUUUCCCCCAAUGAUAGCAACAAGACUGGUAUGGACAGAUCUGGUGUCACUAAUGGGAGAGGUAGUAUACUCCAAAGGGAACUUUCAGACUUGGAAUUGGGUGAAUUUCGUGAGCCCUUUCCGGAGGAAACUCCCGGAAUGAAAAUGCGAUUUGAGAGGAAAGGUUCCUUCAAACAGUCUGAGAACAAGCAAGCCACGUCAAAUUACCGGAAUUCAGAUUUGGGUGAAGGAAAACCUGCUGGGAAAACAACUGCAGAUUCAAGAAAGCCAUCCCCACCCCAUUCAAAUAUUGGGAUUGCUAGCAAUGCUGAGGACUUGUCUAAAAAGAGGACCCCUGAACAUUAUGUCGAAGAGUUUGCAAGAUCUUAUCAUGGUGUUGAGCAGCCUCAGCACCUAUCCAGAAUAGACCAUAGUGAAGUUGGGACCCUUUCUAAUAAGUUAGCAGACGUGAAUGGUAAAAAUAGACACAACGAAGUUGGAGGAAUCGGUCCGGCAGAGUAUGAAGAUACACACAAGAAGGUGCCUGUCAGUGCACCACUACAGAAUGAUUCUAGACGAGGUGCAGUUUCCCCUUCUACAAAAGGAAGUAAAAAGCAAAAAUGUAGUACAUUGGCUGACUUCACUGAGGUACAAAGGGAUGCUUCUUUGACGGAGAGAAAUGACAAUGGUCGAAAGAGGAGAGAAUCUUCUUCGGAUGAGAAUAGCUGUACAUAUUCUAAGUAUGAGAAGGAGGGGCCGGAGCUAAAGGGACCAAUAAAGAAUUUUUCUCAGUAUAAGGAAUAUGUGCAGGAGUAUCAUGAGAAGUAUGAUAGCUACUGCUCGUUGAACAAAAUCUUGGAAUCCUACAGGAAUGAGUUCAAUAAACUUGGGAGGGAACUUGAAAUUGCUAAAGGGAGAGAUGCGGAGAGAUACUAUAGCAUCUUGGAGCAGUUAAGGGAUUCCUAUCGCCAGUGUGGAAUGGUAGUGUUAUAUUUUUUGUUCCUCUGAUGUUGCUUUUGCAUAUGUGGGUGAUAAUAUGCUUCGGUGAAUUGACCCAGAGCAUGGGCAACAGAUUUGAAUUUUGGCAAUCCUGAUCAAAUUUUAAUUUUUGCACAUGUUUUUUUUUUAGAAUUCUUAUGAUGCCCAUCUAUUUUCUCAGUUGAAGACCUUAUUAUGUUAGAAUCAUUAUGACAGUUCUAGUAUUGUGAAAACCUGCUUGUUUGAAACUGCUUUUACUGACCUGACCAGUUUAAUUUGGCUGAUGAUAACUCUUAAGCCUGCACAGGUAGAUUGUGGGGGGUUUACACUUACUGGGAAUUUUAGGGUUUUUAACCAUGUUAUAUAGUUAUACCUUUUUGUUUUCAAUUGACGAACUUAAUUAUACAGUCUCUCCUGUGCUGUGAGAAAGAGCUGGGUGCUCUGGAGUUGAAUGUAUCAGGAAUUACGGUCUUCAUACAAAGUCCCAUGUUCAUUUUAGUAUUUUA